CUUUUCAUUACCGAGUCCUCAUAACAAAAACGAAUUAUCAAAAUAUGCCAUUCAGUCUUCAACCACAAAUCUCUUUUUUAGGGCAUCAAAGGGAUAAAAUAUUGAGAAUAUUAGUUGUACCAAGACGAAAGAUAAGGACUUAAUUAAAACGAGCAAAGAUCCCACUAGAAAACUUAAUUGUUUGGGUUUUAAAAAGUCUCUGGUGUAAUGUAAUUACUGUAACAUACUUUCCUGCGGUGGGGAAAUGAACACCAAUCAACAUCGAGUCCUGUAGGAAAACAAACGCUCUGAUUGGCUGAAGCGCGGUGUCGGUUUCAAGGCGGCCCGCGCUCGGUGCUAGAGAAAGGGGGGGUGUCUAGUGAAUGGAAUGGGCGCCUUGAAACCGGCGGAAUCCUCGCGGAGAGAGGGGAGCGAGCCUCUGGACUUCCAACCGCCCAGCAUGUGAGCCGACGCUCGGCGUGAAGUUUAGCCGAAAAGCCCUGGAAAUACUGCCCGUUUCUGAAUCUGGAUUUUGGACUGAGUAGCAGCUGAACGCGCUGGGUUGGUUUUAUUUAGAUUUUUUUUAAGUAGACGUGAGUUGAAGUGCAGUUUUCCACGGAGUGUGAGUGAAGAAUGGACUGCUUGGAGUCACUUACAAAGAACAUUAAGAAGUCAUGACACGACGAACGUUUUACUUGGAUUUAUCUUCGUAAACUGCAAGUGAAAAGUCGAUACAAGCCGCUGAAACUCAAACAAAGUGUACUAAAAGUUUGGGCUGUCGACAUUUAUCGUGGAAUUUUCACCGUUUUCGGACGUUUUUAAGUCUCUACUUGGAUCAAAGUUUUUCUAUCCCACCCCCUCCUCCUCCUCCUCUCCAGCUAUGGCGGCGGCCAGGUUCACCGCUGGCUCCGCGCUCCUGCGGAUCAUGUGGCUGCUGUGCGGGAUUUCUCUCUCACCCACUUCUGCUCAGCAUCACAACAGCGAAAGUGGGAUAUCCGUCCCGGAGCACGGUUUCUGCCAACCCAUCUCCAUCCCGCUUUGCACCGAUAUCGCCUACAACCAGACCAUCAUGCCGAACCUCCUGGGCCACACCAACCAGGAGGACGCCGGGCUGGAGGUGCACCAGUUCUACCCGCUGGUGAAGGUCCAGUGCUCCGCGGAUCUCAAGUUCUUCCUGUGCUCCAUGUACGCCCCGGUGUGCACCGUGCUGGAGCAGGCCAUCCCGCCGUGUCGGUCGCUGUGUGAGCGGGCACGGCAGGGAUGUGAAGCCCUGAUGAAUAAAUUCGGCUUCCAGUGGCCGGACCGCCUCCGUUGCGAGGCUUUCCCCGUCCACGGAGCCGGGGAGAUCUGCGUGGGCCAGAACACAUCGGAACCCGGCAGCCCAUCUUCCUCCUCGUCUCCCCAUGCACCCGAACCCGUGACCCCUCCACCCAUAGGUGGUGGACAGCACCCUCGGAUCCCGCAGCCCAAUUCGCCCAACCAGUUCUCCUGCCCCCUACAGCUGGAGGUGCCGCCCUACCUGGGCUACAAAUUCAUGGGGGUCAGAGACUGCGGCGCCCCCUGCGAGCCCACGAAACCCAGCGGGAUCAUGUAUUUUCGAGAAGACGAGGUGAAAUUCGGCAGACUUUGGGUCGGGAUCUGGUCCAUACUGUGCUGCGUGAGCACCCUGUUCACGGUGCUCACAUAUUUAGUGGACAUGAGGAGGUUCAGGUACCCGGAGCGGCCCAUCAUCUUCCUGUCCGGCUGCUACUUCAUGGUGGCCGUGGCCUACGCCGCCGGGUUCUUUCUGGAGGACAAGGUGGUGUGCGUGGAUAAAUUCAAAGGGGAGGCCUACAGGACUGUGGCUCAGGGUACCAAAAAGGAGGGCUGCACCAUCCUGUUCAUGGUGCUCUACUUCUUCGGCAUGGCCAGCUCCAUCUGGUGGGUCAUCUUGUCCCUGACUUGGUUCCUCUCUGCCGGAAUGAAAUGGGGUCACGAGGCGAUAGAGGCCAACUCCCAGUACUUCCACCUGGCCGCUUGGGCCGUCCCUGCCAUCAAAACCAUAACGAUCCUCGCAAUGGGCCAGGUGGACGGAGACGUCCUGACCGGAGUGUGCUUCGUGGGGAUCUUCAACGUGGACGCCUUACGCGGUUUCGUACUAGCGCCGCUGUUUGUCUACCUCUUCAUCGGUACGUCCUUCCUGUUGGCUGGCUUCGUGUCGCUGUUCCGGAUCCGCACCAUCAUGAAACACGAUGGCACCAAAACGGAGAAGCUGGAGAAGCUGAUGGUUCGGAUUGGGGUGUUCAGCGUGCUCUACACGGUUCCGGCCACCAUCGUGAUCGCCUGUUAUUUCUAUGAGCAGGCCUUCAGGGAGCAGUGGGAGCGCACCUGGCACAUGCACACCUGCAAGCGCUUCGCCGUCCCGUGCCCGGUCCACAACUUUGCCCCCAUGACCCCGGACUUCACCGUGUUCAUGAUCAAAUAUCUGAUGACCAUGAUCGUCGGGAUCACUUCCGGUUUCUGGGUCUGGUCCGGGAAGACCCUCCAGUCCUGGCGGAGUUUCUACAAGCGUCUCAGCAACGGGAACCACGGAGAGACGACCGUGUGAAGGCGAAACAUGCGCGAAAAUGAGGUCAAAAAGCUUUCAUUUCUUUAAUCCUAGUUGGAUUUUUUUCUUUCUUUUUUUUUUUUUUU